AUGGAGUUUUUGGAGCCGGAAACUGAACAAAGGACCAAAUCUAAAGGAACAGAUGAUAAAACUGAUAAAAUGGUGAAUGAAUUGGGUGAUAGCGUUGAAAAAAUAUACUCUGGAGUAGAAUCCGAGGCCAAACAGGGGUGGACAUCGUUGAGCGGGUUCUGGGGUAACUUUCAAAAGUCACUACCUGAUUUAACCAAACAGGGAAUAUCCAAAACAAAGAAUAAGUUGAACAAUGAUAAGAAUAUUGAAGUAUUGAAGGAGAAAUCAGAAAAGGUUAUACAUAACGUUAGUGAUAAUACCAGUAAGAUGUUGGAUACGUUGGACUCUCACUUAGAGAAAGUCGAGAGUGUCACGUAUGGAUACGCUACACACUUGACAACGCUUUUCAAGGCAAGAACAGGCCUUAAUUUGGACAUUGUUAGCAAUACAGAUUCUCUCAGUAGUGAGAAAGAAUCAGAGGUAUUAUUCAACCUACCCAAAGGAUUGGCCAGUAAUAGAGUGGAGGCGCAGAUGCAUGAAUUACAGACCAAUAAGGAUGGAUAUUUAAAGAAAUUUAGCAACGAAGGAAGGGAUUGUUUGAAAGACUAUGAGUUGAAAGAAGAGGAGAUUGAAGAAAAGAAGAGUCUAUUGGAAACGAAGAAUUCACCUGUUGCCGAGUUGUAUAAAGAGCUUGUUCCAGAAUCAUUGGAUGAUGAAUUCUUCUGGAAGUAUUAUUUUAGUACUAAAGGUGCAAUCAUCGGUGAAGAAAAGAGAAGAAAGGAACUACUCAAGAAGAGUGCUGAAGAGGAAGAAGAGGACUUUAAGUGGGAUGAUGAUGAGUAA